AUGUCAUUGUCAAAACGCAAAUUAUUAUAUACAGUCGGAAUUUUCAUAAACUGCUCAUAUUAUUGAUUUUAAAUAUUGUAACGAUACAAAAAGAACCCGUGAAAAUGAGCCUUAAUUAUAAAAAUGGUACCGAAGCUUUUACACAGUAUCUCCAGUCAAUGGUAAAAUUGGAGGAACUUCAAAAAAUGACUGAUGAUUUAGAUAAAGAACUCGAAGACUCACAACGGGUAAUGGCUGAAAUGAAAACAAUGUUUGAUAGUAUACCAAACACUCAGAGUAAUAUUUCGGAUCAGAAUAGUGGGUUGAGACAUGAAGAUCUAUCCCAAUUUUUGCUAGCAAAUGUUCCUAAACUGCUUAUGCCGGACAUGCCGGAAAAUACCGUGGAUGUCGAUCUUGACAAUGUAAUCGCUAUGAUGAAAUGUUACGCUGAAGAUUUACGCAAAAAUUUCGUAGUUUCACAGCCACAAAAGGAACAGCCUCAUAUUAAGAUUGAAAAUAUAAACUUGGAACCAUAUGCAACAAGUCUCGACCAUCUUGUGAAUCGUUUGGCGAAAAUUAAGCUCAAUAAGAACAUUACAAAUAAUAAGAACAUGGAGCUGGAGGCUAAGUUGAACCAGUUGCGUGAUGACGUCACGAUGUUCACUCAGAUGGUGCAGGCUAAAACAAAACUGGGGGAGGCCAAUAAGAACUGGACACCAACAGAGCAGAACACUAUAGCUCUUCAAUAUGAUGAUCUGAUCAACAAACUAUUAAUGGGUAUCAAUGAGGUCACAUACUUAAUCAAAAACAAAAAUUAAUUUCUCUAUUCAGCCAGCAUUAAGGCUAUGUGUAAUCGAGGUACAUAUAUUGGACAAUACAUUUGUAUAAGUAGAAAUGUUUUGGGCUGUAUGACUUUGUGCAGCCUUUUUAUUUUCACCCUUUGGAGAAAUGUGUCUACUUCUUUGCCAUUCCAUACUUGGAGUACCAACUAUAUAGUAUAAUUCAUUUGUUUGUGAAUUAAUUGAACUGUGAUUGGAUUUGUAAACAAAUUUUUUUUAAAGAAAAAUUUAUCAUGUGAGUUUUUUGAAUAUUUUGAAGACCUGGUGAUCAUUACCAUUGAAAGUCAAGCUUGUGCGAUAGAGUUUUAAACAGUUUACAUAAUAUUUGUUUUAUUAAAGCCAGAAAAACGAGUAAAUAGUUUUCACAUGUAAUGUCGUCGGAUUGUAUAUAUAACCAGCCUAAAGUGAUCCCCACAUUGAAAUUUUAUUUGGCAGCAUUUCUCUGCUUUUCAUUAAUUAAUUAUUAAUGUUAUUAUACUAGGCUGUUUUAUAGAGGUUUGUAGAUUCAGGUAGUUAUAAGAACCUAAUUAACACUCGGAGUAACCUGAUAAUAAUCUCAUUUUGUAUAAUUUUUUUUGCUAUUUCUGAUUCUUAUAACUUUUUCCUUCAAGACAGCGACUUUUAAUGUUUGCUGUGGAAUAUCUCAUGUUCCUAAUCACUUCAUCUGUCAUCACUGCACAGCCUGUGUAACAAGGGAUCCCUCCAACCAACCUCCAUUCCAUUGUCAGAUUUCCGAGCCCUAACCCCUUGUAUGCAAUUUAUAUUGGAAACUUUUGUAUUAUAUCAUAUUUUAAACAAGAAAUCGAUAUACGAUAUUAAUUAGUUUGUAAUAAAACGAUUACUGAUAUCUAUUACUUUUGAUUUUACUUUAUCCUGAUUACAACAAACACACAGAAUAAUGCUCGAGUAGGUAGCUACGUGUUGUUUUACGUAUUCCUUAAAGUGAGUAUAUAUCAUGACUAAGUUGACCCUGUUACAUAUUUGCAGCAUCAGAUUUAUUUAUACGAAUUUUUUUUUACAGAAUUAAUUUUGUGCCUUUCACGGACUAUGAAUAUAUAAGUUUCCGUUACACAUACAUUUUGAUAUUUUCACAUGUUGCUAACCGUUAGUAAGAGAGGGCAUCAGUCUGUUUCAUUAAAAUACAUACAUAAUUUAGGUCCUAAAUAUAUUGUUUAUAAGUACUCUAAAUGUUUGGUUCUUUUAAUUCUUUGUCGUACUUAUAAUGUUCGAGUUGACGCCAGUUUGACUUGGCGCGCGUAUGACCUUGCCUGUAUUUGACUUAUUGCAAGCUUGACUUAAUAUGUCAUAUAGUUCGUCUUCACAGUUCAGACGUUUGAUCUUUCGUGUAUUGUGUACAAGUUUUUGGGAAGUAUUUGAUGUAAACCUGCCACAUGUGUAUUAUGUAUUGUAUGUAUAAAUUAAUCUAAAUUCAAAUAUUGUUUUAUAGCUUUAUUUACCUAAGGAUUACGUUAUUUAUUGUAAUUUAUGAAUAAGUGUAGACUAUGAGUAAUAUUAAGAAAAAAUAUAUAAAUAAAAUCCUUGCACUAUAAUUUCA